AUGGACUGCGACAAGGAAGAGGCUAUUAGGCUGAAAACAUUAGCAGAGGAUAUGAUGCGGAAUGGUGAUUUUAUUGAGGCUCAGAAGCUUGUAGUGAAGGCUCAGAGUCUCUUCUCAGAUCUUGAGAGCUUACCGCAAAUGAUAGCCGUAUGUGAUGUACAUUCUUCUGCCGAGAAGAAAAUCAACGGUCUUGAUAACUGGUACGGUAUUCUUCAAGCUAUGCAUUUUUCUGACGAUGCUACAAUCAAAAAGCAGUACAGGAAGCUCGCGUUGCUUCUCCAUCCUGACAAAAACCAGUUUCCCGGUGCUGAGGCUGCUUUUAAGUUGAUUGUGCAAGCAAGUAAAUUGCUCGCUGACAAGGAAAAACGGUUGCAGUAUGAUAGCAAGCACAGACGCUAUUCACGGUUUAAUGGGAAACAGUUGAAUGCAAACUCGGUUCUACAAGGUGCAGCUGUGAACAAUGCCAGUAACACUGUCAUUAACAAUGGUACAUUUUGGACAUGUUGUGAGCAUUGUGGCUGGAUGUACAAAUAUUUGGCAGAAUAUGUGAACACCCUUUUGUACUGUUCCCGUUGUGGAAAUUCCUACACGGCCUACAACAAUGGAUUUAAUGCAGUGCCUCCUGAAUCAAGGACUGAUCAAAAAGAAGUUCAAAAUCAAGGGCUGUGUAACACAUCUUCGCGUAAAAAUGUGGAGUCUACUGGUGCUCAAUCAGGAAAUGCAGCAGCUGGGGUGUAUAAGAAAAGAACUGUCAAAGAGAAAUUCAGCAAGAAGAAUGGAGUAUCUGAGAACAAAAAGGCUGAAGUAAGAAAAACUAAAAUAGACGAUGGAACUGUGAAGAAUUAUGCUGAUGUUUUGAACCCACGAUCCAAGGUUACAAAACCAGAGAUGGAUGCAUCAAAUUCUGUAGCGGGUGAAUCAGUUUUAACAAGCGAUCAAGCACCCUCUAUGAGGAAGGACAAAACCAAGGGUAGAAAAUUUGUUGAGGAGCCCAUUGAGAGUGUUACUGUUGAUGUUUCUGAUACGGUUGAGCAUAAAGUGGAUUCAAAAGAUAAUAAUAGGGGGAAAAGUCAGCGGAUUUCUUAUGCAGAGAAGGGAAGCAGCAAUGAUUUUGUAAGACCUCCAACAAAAAAGUCAAAAUCAAGUGUUGGAUCAUCCAAACAGCCUGAUUCUGGUGGUUCUUCUGCCCCUUCAUUUGUGUAUAAAGGAAAAGCUACGGAAAAUGUGGAUUCUGGAUAUCAAGAAAUCUCAUCAACCAAAGACAAAGAGAGUAAAGGAUGUGAAGAAAGUGGAGAAGCGGUGGUUAUGGCGGCAAAGAUUGGCAAUAACCACCAAGCUAAUGAUGAUCCCAUUACGCAGGAUUCACCUGAUCCAGACUUCAAUAAUUUUGAACCGACAACAAGCUGUUUUUCUGUCAAUCAGGUGUGGUCUCUGUAUGAUCCGACUGAUGGGAUGCCUCGCUUCUAUGCUCGGAUCGAUAAAGUGGUUCACUCUUCGUUCAAAUUGUGGAUUACGUGGAUUGACCCUCUGCAUAAUUCUAUUCCCAUUGCUUGUGGAAUCUUCCAAGAUGGGGAUUCAGAGGAAGUAGACGACCAUUUGAUGUUUUCUUCUCAGAUGCUUCACUUACCUCGUGAUAACAAGAUCAUCAUAUAUCCAAGAAAAGGAGAGAUUUGGGCACUUUUCAGAGGCUGGAAUAUCAGUUGGAGUUCUAGCUCAGAAAAUCAUAAACGGCCUUAUGAAUAUGACUAUGUUGAAGUUCUUUCUGAUUUUAAAGAUAAGGAUGGCGUUGGAGUGGCCUAUCUUGGAAAAGUGGAAGGGUUUGUUUCCCUAUUUCACCAAGAUGCACAGCAUGAAGUUCUUCAAUGUCAAAUUCCACCAAACGAGAUGUUUAGAUUUUCUCAUAAAGCUCCGUCAUUCACAAUGACUGGAAAGGAGAGAGAAGAUGUUCCUCCUGGGUGCUUUGAAUUAGACACUGCUGCUUUACCAAAAGAAAUGUUUGAGGUUGAUAAUUCGAAAGUUGAUGUCGAGUUAGAUAGAAAAAAGCUGAAUGCUAAAACUGUUGGUCCUUUCCCUGAAGCUUCUGAGGUUGAAUUGGAGGUAAAGACUACUCCAAAAAAACGUCAAAGCGUCCAUGACAAUCACGGUUCAUCCUCCAAAGCAUCUGGUGGUAAAUGUACUAAUCGUGAGAUGAACUCACGGAAGAAAUCCAGAAAGAGUGUCAGAGCAGUGGAUGACUUGAAACUGCGAAAAUCUCCUCGUCUUUUGAGUGAAACAAAGAAGCAAGCAACUUCAACGCCAAGCCCAAAAACAGCUGAGAAGAAGAGGGCUAAUAGUGGUGAAUCCUGUGGACAGCCAGAUGAGUUUUGUGUAUCUGGUGAAAAGAUGACUAUUCCAAAGGAACCAGAGGAAAUUAUCACAACGGAUUCCGCAAUAAUCAGAAAAACACCUCAGGAUGUAUUCAAAUUGACAGGGAACUCAAAGAAACGUGGCAGAAAUGAUGAGUUAUUGUCUCAGUCCAGGAAUAAUGGUUUGCUAACUCGGUUGAAUGAUGCUACAGAAUGCUCAGUACCAGAGACUCAUGUCCCAUCCAGUUGCACAAGAGGGCAUGAGAAUACGUUUAACUUUGAGAAGCAGAGAUCUUGGGACAAAUUCCAGGUUGAUCAAAUAUGGGCUACAUAUAGCAAUGGCUCAGGGAUGCCCAGAAACUAUGCGCAGAUCAAGAAAAUCGACACAAGUCCUGAAUUCAAGCUACAUGUAGCACCUCUAGAGCUGUAUCGCCUUCCAAAAAUCAUGACACACCCCACGUGUUGUGGCUGCUUCAAGUUGAAGACCGGUAAAGCAGACGUCCUUGUACCUAGCAGCUUCUCACAUGAGGUUAGGGCCGUGAAGACUAACGUAAACAGAUUCGAAGUAUACCCAGGGAAGGAUGAGAUCUGGGCUCUGUACAGGAACUGGAAUUUCACAGAUGGUGCUGAGACUGAAGAACUUGAGAUUGUAGAAAUAGUGGAAACCGAGGAGCAGAGCAUACAAGCGGUGCCUUUGACUGCUAAAUGGUUUAACAAGCCUCUCUACAGAAGGAGUGAAGAGUCAAAGAGGGACAUUGCAAAGACGGAAAUGAGUAGAUUCUCGCAUCAGAUACCUGCUUUCAGACACGAGAGAAGAGCGACUCGGUUUGGAGAUGGGGAAUGCUGGGAGCUUGACCUUAAAGCAGUUCCGGUUCUGUCGACAAUCUCGAUACGUGCCUCUUCUACGCCCGGAGUCCGACCCGACCCGUGGUCUCUCAGCGACGGUAACCCGGAGAGACCGAAGCCGAGAUACGAGAGGCCGAAACACCCGUUAUCCGACGACGACGCGAGGCGAAUUAUAAAGAAGAAGGCACAGUACCUGAGCGCCUUGAGGAGGAACCAAGGCUCUCACGCUAUGACUCCCAAGUGGAUUAAGCGUACCCCUGAGCAGAUGGUUCAGUAUUUGGAGGAUGAUCGGAACGGUCAGAUGUACGGGAAACAUGUGGUUGCUGCGGUUAAGACGGUGAGAGCCUUGUCGCAGAGGAGAGAAGGUAGUGAUGAUAUGAGGCUUGUGAUGGGUAGCUUUGUCGCCAAGCUUACUUUCAGAGAUAUGUGCGUUGUUUUGAAAGAGCAGAGAGGUUGGAGACAAGUUAGAGACUUCUUCGCCUGGAUGAAAUUGCAGCUAAGCUACCGUCCUAGUGUAGUUGCCUACACGAUUGUUCUUCGUUUGUAUGGACAAGUCGGGAAGAUAAAGCUGGCCGAGGAAACCUUUUUGGAAAUGCUCGAAGUGGGAUGUGAACCAGAUGCAGUAGCCUGUGGUACAAUGUUGUGCGCAUAUGCCAGAUGGGGACGCCAUAAUGCUAUGUUGACGUUCUACAAAGCUGUUCAAGAAAGGCGAAUAACCCUCUCUACUUCCGUGUACAAUUUCAUGCUCUCAUCUCUGCAGAAGAAAUCACUUCAUGAGAAAGUGAUUGAUCUAUGGUUAGAAAUGGUGGAAGAAGGUGUGCCACCGACUGAAUUCACAUAUACAUUGGUUGUGAGCUCAUAUGCCAAACAGGGGUUCAACCAGGAGGCAUUGAAGGCUUUUGGUGAGAUGAAAAGCUUGGGGUUUCUCCCAGAGGAAGUAACUUACAGCUCAGUUAUUGGCUUAAGUGUGAAGGCUGGUGAUGGGGAUCAGGCUGUUCGAUUGUAUGAGGAUAUGAGAUCUCAGGGAAUCGUUCCGAGCAACUAUACUUGUGCAUCUAUGUUAAGUUUAUAUUACAAAACUGAGAAUUACCCAAAAGCGCUUUCUCUCUUUGCAGACAUGGAGAGAAAUAAAAUUCCAGCUGAUGAGGUCAUCCGUGGGUUGAUCAUCAGAAUAUAUGGGAAGCUUGGGCUUUUUCAUGAUGCACAGACUAUUUUUGAGGAGAGUGAGCGCCUGAAUAUACUAUCUGAUGAGAAAACAUAUUUGGCAAUGUCUCAAGUUCAUUUAAAUUCAGGAAAUGUUGCCAAAGCUUUAGAUGUAAUUGAAAUGAUGAAGACCAGAGAUAUUCCCCUAUCUAGAUUCGCCUAUAUUGUCAUAUUACAGUGUUAUACUAGGAAACAGAAUGUAGAGUGUGCUGAGGAUGCAUUUCGAGCUUUAUCAAAGACUGGACUUCCUGAUGCCAGUUCUUGUAACGACAUGCUUAAUAUGUAUACCAGACUCAAUUUAGGAGAAAAAGCUAAGGAUUUUAUCAAGCAGAUAAUGGUGGAUCAAGUGCACUUCGAUAUAGAGCUCUACAAGAUGGUUAUGAGAGUGUAUUGCAAGGAGGGAAUGGUCGCAGAAGCUCAAGAGCUAGUAGAGAAAAUGGAUAGAGAGGCUUUGGUUAAGGAUAACAGAUUUGUACAAACACUUGUAGAGGCUAUGCAUAUCAAAAGAAACAAGCAGGAUAAACAUGAAGCAAUUACAAAUGUGAGUCGGCUUGAUGUCAAUGCUCUUGGAAUGCUGCUCAAUUUGCGACUAACAGAGGGAAAUUUGAAUGAGACUAGAACAAUCUUGAACCUAAUGUUCAACACUGAUAUUGGUUCAUCGGCAGUGAAUCGAGUCAUAAGUAGCUUUGUGAGAGAAGGGAAUAUAUCUAAAGCAGAAAUUCUUGCUGACUUGAUUAUGAAACUAGGACUCAGGAUACAGGAGGAAACAAUCGCAGCUUUGAUCUCUGUAUAUGGGAGGCAACAUAAGCUGAAAGAGGCGAAACGGCUUUACCUUGCAGCAGGCGAAUCUUUAAGUCUAGGGAAAUCUGUCAUGAACUCAAUGAUUGAUGCUUAUGUUAGAUGUGGCUGGCUUGAAGCUGCGCAUGGACUCUUCAUGGAAUCAGCAGAAAAGGGAAUUGACCUGGGUGCUGUUACCAUCAGCAUACUUGUGAAUGCCCUAACGAAUCGAGGGAAACACCGUGAAGCAGAAGAUAUAUCACAGACCUGCCUUGAAAAAAAUAUGGAGCUUGACACUGUGGGCUAUAAUACUCUUAUCAAGGCAAUGCUAGAAGCAGGUAAACUGCAGCGUGCAUCUGAAAUUUAUGAGUGGAUGCGUAACUCAGGUGUUCCUUGUUCGAUUCAGACCUACAACACAAUGAUCAGUGUAUACGGGCGGGGUCUGCAGCUGGACAAAGCAAUUGAGAUUUUUACUAACGCCCGCAGAUCAGGAUUGUAUUUGGACGAGAAAAUAUACACAAAUAUGAUUAUGCAUUAUGGGAAGGCUGGAAAAAUGAACGAAGCAUUGGCGUUGUUCAGUGAAAUGCAGAAGAAAGGGAUUAAACCUGGAACGCCUAGUUACAACAUGAUGGUCAAAAUAUGUGCAACCGGUAAACUCCAUCACAAGGUUGAUGAACUUUUACAAGCAAUGGAGAGAAAUGGUCGCUCUACAGACUCAUCCACAUACCUGUCUCUGGUUCAAGCCUAUGCUGAGAGUUCACAGUACUCAGAAGCAGAGAAGACGAUAACUCUCAUGCAAGAGAAAGGGAUCCCGCUAUCUCAAAGCCAUUUCUGUUCAUUGCUCUCUGCUUUUGCCAAAGCAGGAAUGAUUGAUGAGGCCGAAAGGAUCUACUGCAAGAUGUCGGAAGCCGGUAUUAGCCCAGACAGUUCUUGCAGGUGCACAAUCCUAAAGGGAUUCAUGAACUGUGGCGAAGCCAAGAAGGGGAUAUUGUUCUAUGAGAAAGUUUUACGGAGCUCUGUGGAAGAUGACAGAUUUGUUACCAGCAUUGUCCAAGAUCUGUAUAAAGCUGUUGGUAAAGAACAAUAA